AAUAUAAAGAAUUAAUUAAUUUUCUACCGCGACAAGAGCACUUUGGGUGGAUUGUGGAAAGUCUUUUUGGAAAGGGGCCACACAAAACUUUGUUUACAUGCUAUAGGCUACUUGUAAAGUUUUUUUUUUUAGGUUGGUUUUGUUGGUUGAGCAUAAAGAAUGAAUUAAAUUAAAGGUUUUGUUUGGGACGAGAGUAUUACACUAUUUGUCAAUGAGACGAGCAUUGUUCGUGAAACGCUGUACUCCUGCGGGACAUAACUUACGGUGUAUACUGCCACCUUGUGUAUAAUGGUACACCUAGGAGUAAAACACUAAAUCAGUGCAAGCAUAAAAUUACACUUCACUAGUAAGUCAACGCUACCUGUAUAAUGAGAACAACAAACUUUUUUUUUUUUUUUUUCAAAUAAUUGUUAUAAUUAUAUAAUUAAAAACAUAAUGAGUAAAAACACAAGAAAGAAAUAAUACAUAUCAAAUAAUAUACAGGAAAUGGGAUCAGUCAGAUUUUUGCUCCCUCUUUCCUCUGUCUUCUUAAGCUCCGCCUGCUAGUCUUAGUUCCAAAAUCAUUAGUCUUAUCCUCUGCAUUGUGUUCUCAAGCACUUCUCUGGUUGAAGGAACAAGGAAAGGUUCUUGGGUUCUUUCAGAAUGAGCAAAUUAGAAACUCUCUCAUAUGUGUAUACAUUUCUAAAGUCUGGAUUCUAGAUGAAGAAUGGAUGCUAGAUCAAAAUUCUUUAUUUUUCAGGGUCCGGCCAGGGUAAUAGGGACUGCCCGGAGGAUGGUAAUGUCUCAGGCUAUGUCUCUGAGCUAAUAACUCGCUCCACGACUGCUUGCCUGCUUUUUAUUUUUGUGCUCUCCACCUUUCGAGGGAAUGCUCUAGUGUGCACUACUGUGGUGCGAUUCCGUCAUCUUUGUUCCAAAGUGGCGUAUGUGUUGGUAGUUUCCUUGAUUCUGUCAGAUCUCUUAGUUGCCUCUCUUGUGAUGCCAUGGAAGGCAGCUGCUGAGAUUGUGGGUUUCUGGCCGUUUGGCAAUUUCUGUGAAGCAUGGAUUGCGUUUGACAUUAUGUGCUCCACUGCCUGCAUUCUUAACCUGUGCAAAAGUGUGGACAGUUACUGGGCUAUUGCUAGUCCAUAUCUCCUGCAGCUGAGUUGGCAUAAAACUCUGGGCCAUAAAGGAGACCUAGAAGGAGGGGGUGAAAAAUGUGAUGCCAAUUUAAAUCGUACUUAUGUCAUCACCUCAUCUCUGAUCAGCUUCUACAUCCCUGUCUUAAUAAUGAUUGUGACUUACACACGCAUCUUUCUCAUAGUGCAAAGGAAGAUCCAAUGAAUAUCAAUGCAAGAGUGUAACAUUAAACUUAAUCAGUCUUGCCAAGGCUUCAUUAAAGCACCAGAAAAAAAAAUAAAAAGUUCAUUUAGGAGGGAAACCAAAGUCCUGAAAACUCUUAGCAUUAUUAUGGAAGUAUGUGUCUGCUGCUGGCUCCCUUUCUUCAUUCUGAGCUGCAUGGAGCCAUUUUGUGACCCUGGUCUCCACAAUGCAGGUCAGGUCCCAUGUGUCAAUAAAACCGCCUUUGAUGUGUUUGUCUGGUGUGGAUGAAACUCUACCUUGAAUCCUGUAGUGUAUGCCUUUAACGCAGAAUUCCGCAAAGUGUUCUCUGAACUCUUAGGUUGUUGGAAGUUGUGAUCUUGAAAUAUGGUUCAAACGGUUGACUUUAGCAAUGAGUUGGUGUCGUAUCAUCGCGACUCCACAAUCCUUCAAGAUACUCACCUCUUCAGUUAACCCUGCCUGAUUCCACACGCUAUCAGGGAGGGCAUUGAUAGAGACAUGUGCUUUGAUACUGUGUCACAGAUGGCUGAAGUCCCUCAUGAGACAGAAUGUAACUUUGUAUAUGGGGAAAGACCACUGUGGCGUGGAGGAGGGCGGGGCCGGGCCGGAAUGACGCACGCCCGGACACCAAUCACCCUGAUGAGGCGAGCGAGGGAUAAGGGCGACCGGAGACGACAGUUCGAGAGAGAGAGAGAACUACAGGCAGCUGCCCUGUAUGUGUUUAUGUUUGUGUGUUUUUGUUCAAGUUUAUUAUUAAACUUUAUUUAUAUUGUCAA